UAGCCGUUUCUUUAGCAGGGAAUUUCUUCCCCAAACAAUAGAAGACCUCCACGAUGCUUGCAGCAUUCUCAACAAGAGAGGUAUUGUUCUAUACAUCCAUACCCAGUCUUUAGAGUGCAGUUGGAUCAUCAUUGACAAAGAUACACUGCUACGAGAAGUUAACGGGUCCGUAUUUGCACCUGCCGACUUCAUGGAACACAAAUCACUCACACGAACGGGCGUUGUCCUUCUCAAAGAUCAAAAGCAGCUUCCCACAGUAUAACCCACAGCUUAUUGUAGAUUUUCUAGUCCACAUGGAGUUUUGUCUGGAGAUCAGGGAGGACGAUCUUCUCAAACUGGUGACACAGGCUCACACAGAGUACGGUAAAGAGCGCCACUUUCUCUUCCCAGCACUGACACAGCAGAGUCCUCCGCAUGACCUCUGGCAGUCCCAGCCUGACCAGUACAGCUGCUGCUGGGUCCUGCGAUGUCUGGACCAUCACUACCUCAGCCCUCGGUUCCACCAGGUCCUCCUGCUCCGACUGGCCUUUGAGCACAGCGAGGCCGUGGAACCUCACAAGAUAGCGGCCAGGAGUCCUGUCCUCCACCAGCAGUGCUCCGUCUGGAGGAACGGCAUCAAAUGGACCACUGACACCUCUGAUGUCCUGGUAGAGGUCACUGACCAUAGCGUAGUCCUCUUUCUCUCAGGCCGGAGCGACGUCGGGAAGAAAGGCAAAGAACUUGAACUUGUCAACACACGAGCGCAACUUAUGAAACAAAUAUUGAAAGCAAAGUCUGAUUUUUGUGGUGUUAUUAAGACUGUAGAAGAGUUUGUUCCCCACCCACAGUACCCCGUUAACAUCCAUUGCACCUCAGUUUCAUUAGAAAAAAUUGCUCAAGCCAUUUGUAACGGCAAUGAAAAUGUACACACUUCUCCUCAUCAUCUUGAACCAGUUGCUAGGCUUCUUAAGUUUGAAUCAUUCCAGUUUUGCAAUUUCCAAUGUUUGGUUGAUCUGUACUGUGACGAACUAGGGUCUUGUAAGGUCACCUCAUCCUUUAUCGAAAAUGUAUCGUCCAACAUUACCUCCAUUGAUGAUUUCUGUACCGUUCUGAAUGUUCCUCUCCAUAAGAUAGAGGUAGAGGGUGGCAGCAGUGACCGUGCCAAGGCAGUGAGGAUGUUCCAAGAGUGGCAGACACAGAGUGACGGAACCUACCAGUGUCUCAGAGGACAGAUGGACAAGUAUAGUAUCUUCUCAGGAAGAAACAUACUUGUAAUAGCCAAAAUGCUAAAACGUUCUCUGCCUUCAACAUCAUCUACUACCUUGACAGCACUGGAACUAGGUGGUGCAGCGUUGUCAGUCUCAAAAACCAACCAAGACUUUUCGGAAGUGAUGGGUCGUCACAUGACUGCAGUGGCCGAAACUGUCAGUGGAGAUCUGACCUACUUCUCAAACAAAUUCAUUGAGAGUGGCUUCAUCACUCAAACUGCUGCCAGUAAUGUCCUCUCUAAACUGGGGGUCAGUAAUGGCGACAAAUCCCGCGAGCUACUCGGCCUUGUCAGACAGAACUACGACAUAUCCCUGAAAAAAUCAGUUUGGGCUAACAAGUUUAUUGGCAUUUUCUCCUGUGAAACUGCGUACUCUGACCUUGCUACUCUACUGAGAAAAGAAACAUUCCCCAAAGAUCAGGAUGCUAAUUCAUGACUGUUACUCAAUAACAUGCAGAACUCAAUGUUAAAUUGCAUAUUCGAAUUAUAUUAUGUUUUACAAGGUGGGGCCAUCUGUUUUUCUCAUCAAAGCACACCAAAAAGCAAAGAGUCCUGAUUCAGCUACCAAAGAAAUGAAAAGCACUGAAGU